AUGUUACCCUCCGGGCUGGCUACCAUCAUCCUAUAUGCGCUCGAGGUCCAGCCGGGUCCAUUCUCGCGUGGCUGGUCGCACCUUCAGCACCACCACGCGCUCACUAUCAAAACGAUUACCUACGAAGAACUCACGAGCGGACGCGCAGGGAUCGCGAGGAUGUACUUUCUCGCGUCGACCUCGCCGCUGCUCGCGUUCACCAUCUUCGGCCUGUUCGGGAUGUCGGCCGAAGCCCGCGCGUCAUAUCGCCGUGCGGUUGGAGUGGUGAUGGGACGUUUCAGACCGGAGGUCCUCCUCAGCAAGGAGACGCGCUCGUCUCUUCAGCCUAUUGAGUUCGGCGAGCGACCGCGGACUCUUGUGACGCUUUCAGAUGUUGGGUCGCGCUUGAGCGUUGUGGACGUGGAAAACCGGGUCGCACUAGAUCAUGAUGGCCUCUCCGACGUAGAGGCCGGUCAAGACGUGGCGCAUAUGAAGGAGGCGGGACAGAUUGUCCUCAGAAAUGUAUAG